ACGUGCACAAACAGUAGAACAUCGCCUUUACCCAUAUUAACUGAACACGGAAGUUUACUUCGUUCAAAUACAGAAGUUAUUCUUCACCGUUUGUUCUAAUAGCUGAUCUUGCAGCUGCCUGCUCCCGUGCAAAAGACGGUUUUCUCCCUGGGAAUGACGUUAGUCUUUUAAAGUGGAUGCCAACUCAGGAUGCUAUCGACACUUUUGCCGACCCGGACGCUACUCUUUCUGGGGCUGUGCUUGACCGGUCGUCGCGGUCUGGCUUCCGCUCCUGAGCUCAGGGAACAGCCCAAAAACAUCGCUGUGAUUGGAGCCGGCAUCGGUGGUACAGCCACAGCCUUUUUCCUGCGUCAGGAGUUUGGUGCGGGGAUUAAAAUUGACGUGUUUGAGGCUGGGACAGUGGGGGGCCGUCUGGCCACCGUAAAGGUCGGAGAUGAGGGCUAUGAGACUGGCGGCUCCAUCAUCCAUCCUCUAAACCUGCACAUGAAACACUUUGUGGAUACGCUGGGCCUCUCUCCACGCAAGGAUGUCCCCACCAAGGUGGCCAUCUUUGAUGGAGAGCAGUUGAUCUUCGAAGAGAGUGACUGGGUCAUUGUGAACUUCUUCCGCAUGGUGUGGAGAUACGGCUUUAAUUUCUUGCGCUUGCAGAUGUGGGUGGAGGGCAUGCUGGACAAGUUCAUGAGGAUCUACCAGUACCAGCAAUACGGCUACUCCUUCACCUCGCUGGAAAAGCUUCUGCACGCAAUGGGCGGAGACGAAUUCCUCCAGAUGGUUAAUAAGACCCUGGAGGAGGCCAUGCUGAAGGCGGGGUUCUCACAGAGCUUUGUGAACGACAUUGUGGUUCCGGUCACACGUGUCAACUACGGGCAGAGUGUCCGCAUCAACGCCUUCGUAGGUGCUGUGUCCCUGGCGGGGGCAGAUUCGGGACUGUGGGCCGUAGACGAGGGGAACAAGAGGGUCUGCUCUGGGCUCCUGUACCACAGCAAAGCCGAGCUGAUCCCAGCACGGGUGACAGGUAUCACCCAAAAGAUGCGGGCUUCCAGGGCGAGUGGAACAGUGCCUCAGUUCGAGGUCAGCUACAAUGGGGAGUCUGGCUCCGCCUACUCUUUGUAUGACAUUGUCAUCGUGGCCACGCCUCUCCACCAACGUCUCUCCCAGAUUGCCUUCUCGGGCUUCUCUCCGCCAAUCCCUUCUUACUUUCCAGGACGCUACCAGCAGACAGUCAGCACUCUGGUCCGCGGCGUCCUCAACAUGUCAUUCCUGGGGAGUACCGAGAGCCCCUCGGACUUCAGGGUGUCCGAUAUCCUCACCAAAGAGCACGGUGGUCUGGCUAUCAACAGUCUGAGCUCCCUCGACCCAGUCCACAUCCCGGACGGCUACGUCCGUCCCCCAGCUAGUGUCAAGAAAGUGUGGAAGGUGUUUUCUCCCCAACCACUUUCGGAGGACCAGUUCAGGCAGAUGUUCCUCUCCUGGGACGUGAUAUCAGUAGAGCCAUGGCUGGCGUACCCCGCCUACAGCCCUCCCCACCGCAAGCCCCCAUUUAUCCUACACGAUCACCUGUACUACCUGAAUGCAAUAGAGUGGGCAGCCAGCGCCAUGGAGAUGAGUGCCAUCGCGGCACGGAAUCUGGCUUUGUUGGCACACCAUCAGUGGCAUGGUCUGCAGGGAAAGGUGGACCAGGAGGACCUGCAUAGCAGACUAAGGAACGAGCUGUAGGUGCGGAGGUGCAGUUGAGGGGGUGGUAAGGAUAUGCAGGUUGGGGGGGGUCCAUAAUCUUAGAUACAAACAGUGCCUUGCAGUUAUUCAGGGAUGACCCACCUUCAUCCAUGAGGAGGGCUGCCUUCGAGGCAGCGUCUCUUCGAGCUGUGGUCUGUUUCAUUGUUUGAAGGGUAGUUUAAUUGUACCCAUUCAGCAAUAACAAGUAUUUUUCAGGGUAAUGUAAUAGUGUCCUUACACAACAAGGGUUCAAGACACCCAUAGCUGAAACUUUCUGGUUCAACCAUGUCUGUUUAGCAGAAUGAUUUCAGCGUUGGUUUUGCGAAUACAUUAAGGAGACAUUAUUUUUGAAAGAGGAGAGCAGUUCGGUCUGGACCAGUCUGGUUGUUUACAUUAAAAAAUCUCUUACAGGUUUAGGUAAUGUUUCCUCUUUCAUGCAUUUGAAGUAAAAUGGAUGGGAAUGAGAGGGGCAGUAACUCCAGGCCUCUGUGAGGACGCUCCCCUUCUCACGGACUUCUCAGAUAUAAUGUCCAGUUCCAUCAGUAGAGUGUCUCUGAUUUCUCUGCGAUUUUUCUCAGUUGUGUAAUUCCUUAAAUGAUUUACAAAACCCAAGUGUGGCGUAAUACUAAUUUUAGUACUUGUUAGAUAAGAUGAACCAUAUUGAUCUCUGGGGAAAUUCUUGAUGUAUGCAGCAGAAACCUGGUUUAAAAUAAUAGCUUUAAACUUUUGGAUGACGUGCCAGUGUGAGGAAGUAGCCUUCUGAUCCUCAUCCGCAUCCUUACUAAUAGCAUGAGCCUUCUGACCGAUUGCACUGUGGGCCGCUGGCUGAGCCGACGCUGAAGUGGCUUCACGUCACGGCAGCCCUCCCUCUCGGCCUCGAUCCUUCCUGCUGCUUUGAUCCCCAGCGUGCUUACAGGGGGGGCUGCAGCAGUCACGUAGCACUAAUGAAGCCCAUGCUGUCAUACUACGUCCCAGUUUACCGCACUCACUGUUGCAUACUGGUCUCCGUCAAUAAAUCAGGUCUGUUCACAUGGA